AUGGCACAAUGCAAAGAAGAUACCGACUUGGUCGAGUACUGGGAACCGACAGGGUAUCGACGAAUCCCGUUGACGACCUGCGAGGGCGGUGUGCAAUAUGAUCAGUCCGUCUCGCAUGCCUGUCCCAACAAGGAGGAAGAGUACCAGAAGAAGCACGGUAUCAGCGGCGUGGGACUAUUUUUCGCCAUCGUGAUUCCGUUCGCCGCCGCUGCGGUAGCCGGAUACUACGUCUACACACGGUGGGACGGCAAGUUCGGCCAGAUCCGGUUGGGUGAUUCGGCAUCUUCGUCUCAGGGACUGUUCUCCCGAGACUCGGUGUUGAUCAAGGUGCCGGUCGUGAUUAUUGCGGGUGUCGUGGCAGUCGCCCAGGCACUACCUCUGCUGGUCAUGAGUCUCUGGCGGAGCGGCACGGGCUACAUGCGUGCCCGGAGCCGGGGCUACCAGCGACCGUACUCCACGCGUGGAUCAUUUGCUGCGCGUCGGGGCGACUAUGCGCAUGUGGUGGAUGACGAAGAUGAAUUGCUAGGCGUGGACGAAGAAGAGGACGAGGCGUAG